AUGAAGCAAGUCAACAUCUUCACCGCGGCCAUGGUGGCCUACAUGGCUCAGUUCGUUGCCUCAGCAGACACCAUCGCAGACUCCCAAAACGUCACGGCCCCAGACUUCAUCGGCAAAGCAGCCACAUCCCAGCCCCUCCGCCCCAAGGAACGCUUCUCCCCAGACGCUCUCCACGCCCACAUUGACGGCGGCAACACCCGAAGCGACGACUACAUGGGCCCCCUCGGCAUCUCCCCCGUCGUCUCCUCAGCCGCCGUGCAAACAGGUUACAUGUUCUGGGAGAACAGCACCAGCCUCCUCGUCGCAAUGGAGUGCGUCUCCGCCCAGGCGCCCAUCGGCUUCUGCCUCGCGGCGCUGGACCCGGAGACCAUGGACGUCCUGGUCCAAUGGACCGCUCCCGAGGGACGCACAGCCAUCUCGACUUACUGGCAAGUCGUCGAUAACCACGUCGUCAUGCCCACCCUAGAAGGCUUCAUCAUGGAGAUACAGCGCCUUGGCACCGGCACCUCAACGACCUUCACCCAGGUCCGCGAGGUCGACGUCUCGUCCCGUCUCCCAUCUGGCUCCAUCAUCGCCAUGGCGGGCUACACGGACGACGAGAACCUCUGGUUCGUCGCCACGCCCGCACCCCUUGUCGGCCUCGAGGGGACAAAUACCACCACCGUAGGCUACGUCCAGCCUGACGGCACCAUCUUCAGCACAUCCCUGGAUAACCAAAUCGUCGAGAAUGGCAUGGCCGUCAACGGAAAGAAUAUCUACGUCGUCACGGGCCCCGCCGGCUCCGAAGACCACGCUGACGCCCGUGGCCACUUUUACGCCUUCCAAGCGGAUACCGCCAACGGCGGCGGCGUGGUCGCGGCCUGGAACGAGACAUACCUCGCCGGCAGCGGCAUCAAGCCAGGCGGCCUCUCCCGCGGCUCCGGCGCGACACCAGGCCUCCUCGGACAGAAGUACGUCGCCAUCACGGAUAACGCCAACUCGCAAAUCAACCUCAACGUCUACCGCCAGGCGUCCGCCAUGGCCAAAGACGGCCAAGAAUCGAGCUUGGUCUGCUCCGUCCCGCUCUUUGAGCCCGGCGCGAGUCUCAACGAGGCAUCUCUGACGACGCACUUUGACGGCACGACGUACAGCGCCAUGAUCACUAACUGCUACAACUCCCCCUCCUUCCUCGACGUUAGCGGAGAUGAUGUCAACGGUAGCUAUAACAACCUCACGCAAGUUGCUCCUGGCGUGGCGCGCGUGCGGGUGAACGCGGACGAGAGCUGUGAGCUGGUGUGGGAUUUGCCUAUGGUGGCGACUAUGGUGACACUAUCAACGGCCAACGGUAUCUUGUACGCGUACACUCAGGACCGGGAGCUCGCUGUGGGCGGAGAGUAUGUGUGGUACAUUGUGGCGUUUGAUUAUGUUUCGGGCCAGGAGAUUUGGCGUAAGAGGGUUGGUGCUGGUGGCGUGUUUAACCCUGGUCCGUCGCAUAUCCAGCUUGGUGCGAAUGGAAGGAUUUAUGAGGGUGUUGUUGGUGGUGUUGCGUGGGUCGAGGAUUCACCUUCCCCUUAG